CUUUGAAGAACAUUUACCCUGAAUGUGAAUUUUGAAUAUUCAAGUCGAAAAAGUUGUUAAUUUUUUUGUUUUAUUCAUUCAAGGUCGUCAUUAAAAGUCGACAAUUGUAUAUGCAUUUAAAUGUGACUUUUUGAUUAUUUCGUGUUCUCGAUGUCGGUUGGUGUGGUUGAUGCGAAAAAUAGAUUUCGACAAUAAUCAACACACACACACAUUUAUAAUCAUCAUCCAGUUGAUGAUAAACAUUUUGUAAUCAUCAUUUUGUUUGUUUGUUUGUUUGAGGAGAGAGAGAGAGAGGGAGAAAAAUCUCGGUUAUUAUAUAAGACCGUCGUGGUUGUGAAUACCGAUUUUUUUUUUUUUCGUUUUCAUUGAAAUUUGCAAAUUUUUUUCUCUCGUUUUUUUCAAAAAAAAAUUAUAAUGGCCACCGUUUCACAAAGUGAUCUUGAACGUCGUAAACAGAUUAGUGUUCGAAAUAUUGCUACCGUCGGCAAUGUUAUCGAAUUUAAACAGGCAUUCAAUCGUCAUCUACAUUACACAUUGGUCAAAGAUCGUAUCGUAUCGACACCAAGAGAUUUUUUUCUUGCAUUAGCACAUAGUGUACGUGAUCAUUUAACAUCACGUUGGAUUCGUACACAACAAAAUUAUUAUGAAAAAGAUCCAAAACGUGUUUAUUAUUUAUCAUUGGAAUAUUAUAUGGGUAGAUCAUUGACCAAUACAAUGAUCAAUAUUGGUAUACAAUCAGCAUGUGAUGAAGCAUUAUAUCAAAUGGGUUUGGAUAUUGAAGAAUUGGAAGAAAUCGAAGAAGAUGCUGGCCUUGGUAAUGGUGGUCUUGGACGUUUGGCCGCCUGUUUUCUGGAUUCAAUGGCAACACUAGGCAUGGCUGGUUAUGGUUAUGGUUUACGUUAUGAAUAUGGUAUAUUUGCUCAGAAAAUUGUUAAUGAUGAACAAAUUGAAGAACCAGAUGAUUGGCUUCGAUUUGGUAAUCCAUGGGAAAAAUCACGACCAGAAUAUUUGAUUCCUGUUCAUUUUUAUGGCCGUGUCUUGCAUGAUGAAUCUGGUGCACAUUGGGUUGAUACAUCUGUGGUACAAGCUAUGCCUUAUGAUAGUCCUAUACCGGGAUAUCAGAAUAAUUACGUGAAUACAAUGCGUCUUUGGUGCGCUAAAUCACCACAUAAUUUCAAUCUGAAAUUCUUUAAUAAUGGUGAUUACAUACAGGCUGUGAUUGAUCGAAAUUAUGCAGAAAACAUAACCCGAGUUCUUUAUCCAAAUGAUAAUGUAUUCGAAGGACGAGAACUGCGUCUAAAACAAGAAUAUUUUCUUUGUGCGGCCACCUUGCAAGAUAUUAUACGACGAUAUCGCAAAACAAAAGUGGGUGAAAAAACUAUCGAACGUAAUUCAUUUGAUGAAUUUCCCGAUAAAGUUGCCAUACAAUUGAAUGAUACACAUCCAUCAUUGGCAAUACCAGAAUUGAUGCGUAUAUUUAUGGAUAUCGAAAAAAUGACCUGGGAAAAAGCCUGGAAUAUUUGUACGAAAGUUUUCGCCUACACUAAUCAUACGGUAUUGCCAGAAGCAUUGGAACGAUGGUCUUGUGGCCUUUUAGGUCAUGUUUUGCCACGUCAUUUGGAAAUUAUUUUCGAAAUCAAUGCACGUCAUUUGGCACGUGUCAGUGAAUUAUAUCCAAAUAAUUUGGACAAAUUGCGUAAUCUUUCGUUGAUCGAAGAAGGUGAUGAUAAAAAAGUUAAUAUGGCUAAUUUAGCCGUAGUUGGUAGUCACAAAGUGAAUGGUGUUGCCGCCAUCCAUUCAGAUAUUAUCAAGAAAACUGUAUUCAAAGAUUUCUAUGAAAUGACACCGGAAAAAUUCACAAAUAAAACAAAUGGUAUAACACCACGUAGAUGGCUAAAAUUAUGUAAUCCUGGACUGUCGGAUAUUAUUAGCGAUAAAAUUGGUGACGAUUGGGUCGUACAUUUGGAUCAGCUACAGCAAUUGAAACAAUUCAUUAAUGAUCCAAAUUUCAUACGUGAUAUUCAACGUGUCAAACAGGAGAAUAAAAUGCGUUUGGCUAAAAUUUUGAAAAAAGAAUUGGAUGUCGAUGUUAAUCCUUCAUCACUGUUCGAUAUACAAGUGAAACGUUUACAUGAAUAUAAACGACAAUUGUUGAAUUGUUUGCAUAUAAUCACAUUGUAUAAUCGUAUCAAACGUGAUCCAAAUUUAUCCAUUGUGCCACGUACAAUUAUGAUUGGCGGAAAAGCUGCACCCGGCUAUCAUAUGGCCAAACAAAUUAUUCGUUUGAUUAAUAAAGUGGCCAAAGUGGUAAACAAUGAUCCUGUCGUUGGCAAUAAACUUAAAGUUAUAUUUCUCGAGAAUUAUCGUGUUUCAUUUGCCGAAAAAAUUAUACCGGCUGCUGAUCUUAGUGAACAGAUUUCCACUGCCGGUACUGAAGCAUCUGGUACUGGUAAUAUGAAAUUCAUGUUGAAUGGUGCACUUACAAUCGGAACAUUGGAUGGUGCCAAUGUUGAAAUGAUGGAAGAAAUGGGCGAAGAGAAUAUUUUCAUUUUUGGUAUGAAUGAACAAGAAGUUGGUGAACUACAACGUCGUGGCUACAAUGCAUGGGAUUAUUAUAAUUCAAAUGUCGAACUUAAAACCACAAUCGAUCAGAUUAAUAAUGGAUUUUUUAGUCCACAUGAUCCAGAUAUGUUUAAAGAUGUUGUCAACGUUUUGCUUAAUCAUGAUCGUUUCUUUGUGUUUGCUGAUUAUCAAUCAUAUGUUGAAUGUCAGGAAAAAGUUUCAGAAUUAUAUAAGAAUCCAUUGGAAUGGACACGUAAAACCAUCUAUAAUAUUGCAUCAUCUGGAAAAUUUUCCAGUGAUCGUACAAUUGCUGAAUAUGCACGUGAAAUAUGGAAUGUUGAACCUACGUUCGAUAAAUUACCUGAUCCACAUGAGACUACAAAACCGAUUGAAAAUGGUGAUAAAAUGAAUGGAAAAAAUUCAUUUUGAAUGCAAAAACAAAAAAAAAUGAAAUUUUUAUUUGAUU